GCAUCAUCAUCAUCAUCAUCAGCAGCAGCAGCAGCAGCAGCAGCAUCAUCAUCAUCAGCAGCAGCAGCAGCAGCAUCAUCAGCAUCAUCAACAGCAGCAGCAGCAUCAUCAUCAGCAUCAUCAUCAGCAGCAGGAGGCCCCGGCAAUGUCUCCCCCGCGCGUCUGGCCACUGCUCGUGGCCCUCGCGAUUCUCCCCGCGCCACUCCCCGGGUCCCCCGCGGCUCCCUCGGGCCCCGCGUCCCCGUGGCCUCAUCCUCGCCGCACCUCCUGGCGGGGAGGGCCCAACGUGGCCGCGCGGCGCCACCGAGACCAGAGGCCCCCACGCGGCCACGGGCAGCACGGGCCAAGCGGCGGGGAGGACAUGCAGGCCCUAAACCGCGCCGGGGGGCCCGGUGGCGCCGUGGGGACUGGGGGGGCCGGGGGUGUAAGGAUGGACCCUUGGAAUCAUCAUCAUCAUCAGCAGCAACAUCAGCAGCAGCAGCAGCAUCAUCAGCAAAGACCUCCGAAGCUGCCCGGUGGAAUGGCCCAACAUUCUCGACAAGCGGCAUCUGCCGCGAAGGUGGCAUCGGCUGGCGCGGCUGCACCGGUCAUGAAGAGCCCCCCGGCAGGCAAAGCCGCGGAUCGCGAGCCGAGGGAGCCGGCGGCGGAGUGGCUGAGCGCGCAGCUGGGCAGCCUGGCGCGCUCCCUGCACGCGUGCGGCGGCGGCGGUGGCGGCGGCGGUGGUGGCAGCGGCAGCGGCGGCGCGGCGGAGCGCGGGGCGGAAGCGAUGCGGCUGCGAUUCCUCGGCAGCGGCAGAGAAGCCACUUGUAACGACGGCAGCCCCGCCGGGUAUUAUAUCCGCAAGUCGGAGGGCAGCAAGCGGUGGCUGAUAUUCCUUGAAGGAGGCUGGUAUUGCCACAGCAGGGAAAGCUGCGAUGCGCGAUUCGCGUCCCUCCAUCAUCUCAUGAGCUCGGCCGACUGGCCCCACACGCGCACAGGUGAGUAAGGAGGAGGAGGAGGAGUGGGUGCC